GACUUGGACUCAUAUUUUUAUAAAUUUUAAUAAAAAAAAAGUCUUUUUUUUUUAAAUAUUUUCAUUGAAUUUUAUUAGUCAUUUCAUGUCCCCCUAUUUAAUCCACACACACCUAGUUUUUCACUUCUUCUUCUUCUUCUUUUCUCAAUAACCCUUUUCUAAUCUCUCUUCAAAUCUCAAUUUCCCAUCUGGGUUUUCCAAAAUUUGCACUAAAAAUCCAAACUUUAUCUAUAUAUAUAUAUAUGUAUACACCUAUAGAUAUAUGUAUUGAGCUAUAGUUUGCAUGAAAGUUUGUUCUUUUAAGAUCUAACAAUCCCAACCCAAAGGAAAAAAGAUUGAAUCUUUCUAUGGAUCUUGUAAUCCAUAACUCUCUUUCUCCAAUCACAAGCCCAGAAAAUUUGCACUAAAAAUCCAAACUUUAUCUCUAAAUAUAUAUAUACACCUAUAGAUAUAUGUAUUGAGCUAGUUUGCAUGAAAGAUUGUUCUUUUAAGAUCUAACAAUCCCAACCCAAAGAAAAAAAGACUGAAUCUUUCUAUGGAUCUUGUAAUCCAUAACUCUCUUUCUCCGAUCACAAGCCCAGAAAACUCACUUUUCCGACCGCUACACUCUUCUUCCUCGGACCCAAGUUUUCCCAUUAUAGCAAUCGCCAUUAUCGGAAUCUUUGCCACUGCUUUCUUACUAGUCAGCUACUACAUUUUCGUGAUCAAAUGCUGUCUAAGCUGGCACCGAAUCGACAUCCUCAGACGAUUUUCUCUCUCCAGGGACAGAACCCACGAAGAGCUACUCAUGGUCUACUCGCCGGGGAUCGAAACUCGCGGCCUCGACGAGUCUGCCAUCAGAUCAAUCCCCGUUUUCCACUUCAAAAAGCCAUUUCCCGGCGAGAAAGUCUCCUCCGAUUGCGCCGUCUGUCUCAGCGAGUUUCACGACGAAGAGAAGCUGAGAAUGAUUCCCAACUGCGGCCACGUCUUCCAUAUCGAUUGCAUCGACGUUUGGCUCCAAAACAACGCCAACUGCCCACUCUGCCGGACCAGCGUUUCGACGACGAGUCGUUUCGCCGGCCAAAUCGACGGCCACAGUAUCAUGAUCGCUCCCACCUCUUCUCCCAUCGAUCCCAGUCCGUACGCCGGAAGUCUCGCCGGCGGGGACGACGAGGAGUAUGUCGUGAUCGAACUCACGAACCACACCACCACCACAAACACCAACAAUCUCAAUCCUCCGACGGAUCAAACUCGAGAGAGAUUGCUUGAGAAUCACAAAGACUUAGCCAAAACGAGAAGAAAGCUUCAGAAGGGUACGAGUAUGGGAGAUGAGUGUAUCGUUAUGAGUAGAGAAAAAGAUGAACAGUUUUCGAUGAUUCAACCGAUCAGAAGAUCUUUCUCUAUGGAUUCCUCUGCUGAUCGGAAAAUGUUUAUGGCGAUUCAAGAAGCUGUUCAGCUACAAAGACAGGUUCCCAAUAAUCAUAGUAACGAGGUUAGUCCCAUUGUCGAAGGUUGUAGCAGUAGAUCAGUUCGAAGAUCUUUCUUCUCUUUCGGUAGUCACGGCAGUAGAGGAUCAUCUAGGAGUAGUGCUGUUCUACCAGUUUAUUUGGAACCAUAAAUCAAAAAAAAAAAAAAAGAUUGUUUUUUUUAGAUAUAGAGAGAUUCUAGUUUGUAUUAUAGGAUUUUGUAACAUAAUAAUUAUGAGAUUCAAUUCAAAUUUUAAAGAUUGCAUUUUUAAGUG